GUUGUUUUUCCUUUCUCUUUUGAAAGACGUUAUCACCGCUGUUGUAUAGCCAGCUGUUUUGAUAUAAACUUAUAUAUCUAGGUUGAAUAAGCUUUAAUACAGCGUUACAAUUAAUAGGAAAGAGAAAGGAGAAAAUAAAAUUUAAUAUGACCAGCUCAAUGAAUGCCAAGGAAAUUCGACAAGCUUACAUUGACUUUUUUAAAAGUAAAGGUCAUGAAUAUGUUCACUCUAGUUCUACAAUACCUCAUGAUGAUCCAACACUGUUAUUUACAAAUGCUGGAAUGAAUCAGUUUAAACCAAUAUUUCUGGGAACAGUGGAUCCAAAUAGUGAUAUGGCAAAAUUUGUGAGAGUUGUUAAUACUCAAAAAUGUAUCAGAGCUGGAGGGAAGCACAAUGAUUUAGAUGAUGUUGGAAAGGAUGUUUAUCAUCAUACAUUUUUUGAAAUGAUGGGCAAUUGGUCUUUUGGAGAUUAUUUUAAAAAAGAAAUCUGUACUUGGGCCUGGGAAUUUUUAACAGUUAUAUUACAAUUAUCACCCAAUCAAUUGUAUGUAACUUAUUUUGGAGGAGAUGAGAAGAAUAAUUUAAAGCCUGAUGAAGAAUGUAAAAAUAUCUGGCUUUCUUUAGGAGUACCUCCUACACAUGUAUUACCAGGAAAUAUGAAAGACAAUUUUUGGGAAAUGGGAGAAACUGGACCAUGUGGACCCUGCAGUGAGUUACAUUAUGAUCGUAUUGGCAAUAGAGAAGCAGCUCAUUUAGUGAAUCAGGAUGAUCCAAAUGUUUUAGAAAUUUGGAAUCUUGUAUUUAUACAAUUUAAUAGAGAGUCUGAUGGAAAUCUGAGGUCAUUGCCAAAAAAACACAUUGAUUGUGGUUUAGGUUUGGAAAGAUUAGUCUCGGUUAUUCAGAAUAAACAUGCUAAUUAUGAUACAGAUUUAUUUGUACCGCUUUUCGAUGCAAUUCAGAAAAGCACAGGUGCACCACCUUAUCAAGGACGGGUGGGGUCAGAUGAUAAAGAUGGUAUAGAUAUGGCAUAUAGAGUUUUGGCAGAUCAUGCAAGAACUAUUACAAUUGCUCUUGCAGAUGGGGGUGUACCUGAUAAUACUGGCAGAGGGUAUGUACUAAGGCGAAUUUUAAGACGCGCUGUGCGUUAUGCGACAGAAAAAUUAAAUGCAAAACCCGGAGUUUUUGGAACAUUGGUGAACGUAGUUGUAGAGCUACUUGGUGAUGUUUUUCCAGAAGUAACUAAAGAUCCACAAUAUAUAACUGAUAUUAUUAACGAAGAAGAAAUCCAGUUCCUUAAGACCUUGUCACGAGGUCGUAAUUUAUUAAACCGAACUAUAACGAAAUUAGAAUCGUCGAGUAUUGUCCCAGGCGAUGUUGCAUGGCGGUUGUACGAUACAUACGGUUUUCCAGUUGAUUUAACACAACUUAUGACCGAAGAAAAGGGACUGAAAGUGGAUAUGGCAGGUUACGAAGAAGCAAGAAAAAAAGCUCAAAUCAUUUCUCAAAGCAAAAGCGGUGGUGUAGAUGAUCAAAUUAAUUUGGAUGUUCAUGCAAUUACUAAAUUACAAAAUGAAGGAGUCAAGCCUACUAAUGAUUUACCAAAAUACAAUUACACAGUUACCAACAAUAAGAUCUACGAGGAAUAUGAAUUUACGCCGUGUAUCGGUACUGUAAUUGCUCUUAGAUGUGCUAAGACGUUUGUCGAUGAAGUAUCGCCAGGAGAAGAAGUUGGAAUUUUAUUGGAUCAAACUAAUUUCUAUGCAGAGCAAGGUGGACAAAUAUACGAUGAAGGAUUCUUAGUAAAGGUUGAUGAUGAGGAAACUGAAGUUCGGAUAAAGAAUGUCCAAGUAAGAGGUGGUUAUGUCUUGCAUAUUGGUACUGUGGGACAAGGUACAUUAAAAAAGGGUGAUAAAGUGUACUUAAAUAUAGAUAUUACACGUAGGAGACUUGUAAUGAGCAAUCAUACCGCAACUCAUGCCCUUAAUUAUGCUCUCCGAAAAGUAUUGGGUACAGAAGUUGAUCAGAAAGGUUCUCUAGUUGCACCCGAUCGUCUUCGUUUUGAUUUUACGAAUAAAGGUGCCAUGACCGCGGAACAAGUGAAAGAAGUAGAAGAAAUUACAAACAAAAUGAUAAAAGAGAAGAAAAAGGUUUAUACUAAAGAAAGUAAUUUAGCAUUAGCAAAGACUAUUCAAGGUUUACGUGCUAUGUUUGAAGAAACGUAUCCUGAUCCUGUAAGAAUAGUUAGCAUAGGUAUACCAGUUGAAGAUUUGGAAAAAGAUCCUUUGAGCCCUGCUGCAAUGCAAACCAGUGUAGAAUUUUGUGGGGGAACGCACUUACAUUGCACAGAACACAUAGGAAAUUUUGUUAUAGCUAGCGAAGAAGCGAUUGCUAAAGGCGUUAGGCGCAUAGUUGCUCUCACUGGUUCUGAAGCUACAAAAUCUCAGAAGAAAGCAGCUGCAUUACAAAGUCAUUUAGAUAAACUUCAAAUGACUAUAACAGCUGAUAAAAGUGAUGUUAAUGCAAAAGAUUAUGUGAAAGAAAUCAUUGAAUUAACAGACGACAUCUCACGCGCCACGAUUUCAAGCUGGAGAAAGGACAAAAUGCGUAAAAUGUUAAAAGAUUUAAAAAAGACGCUUGAUAAUAAAGAACGCGCAGCAAAAGUUGCAAUCGCUAAUUCAGUGGUAGAUACCAUUCACCAAAUAAUUCAACAAAAUGUUGGAUGCCCGAUACUGGUUGAAGUUGUGCAAGCAUAUAGCAACACAAAGGCUUUAGAUUCUGCUCUGAAAAAGAUAAAAACUGUGUCUCCAGAAACAAGUGCAUUACUUGUAACUGUAGAUCCUGAUGUUAAGAAAAUUUUUGCACUUAGUGCAGUGUCUAAGUCCGCUAUAAAUAAAGGAUUGAAAGCAAAUGAAUGGAUCCAAGAAAUCGCUCCGCUUAUGGAAGGGAAAGGAGGUGGAAAACCUGAAUCUGCUCAAGCUACGGGUACAAAUAUCUCGUGUUUAAGUAAAUUAAUGCACAUGGCUAAGAACUUUGCCAAUUUGAAGCUUGGGAUUACAGAGAACGUUAUAAUUGAUAAACGCGAUGAAAAAUCUGUGUGUUCUAAAACUUCCAAUGAAAAAUUAAUACUUUUUGGUAAUACCGGAAGUAUCAAAUAUUACCGCGCACGAAUAGUAGCUAAGUAUAGUGGUAAGGAAUUGAUUACAUCGGAGUCUAAGAACGAUGGUGUAAUUUCUAGAGACAUAAGAUUACAAGGUAAUGGUUUCGAGUUAUUUGAUAGCAACGCGAUCGCAUUUUAUUUGGCAAAUAGUCAGCUAAGGUGUUCGAAAAAUUCUUUUACAUUCAGUGAAGUUUUACAAUGGUUAAGUUAUGCAGAUAACCAUAUUUUACCAGCUGUAUCUGGUUGGGUUGUUCCGUGUCUCGCAGAUAAUAUACCAAGUAAUAUGAGAGGGAAUAUUAAGACAUCUAAAGAGGAUCUCUAUUCUUCUUUGAAAAAACUAAAUGAUAUACUUCAGACAAAAACUUAUUUAGUUGGGGAAAGAAUUAGUCUUGCGGACAUAGCAAUUUUCACUGCUCUGAUUCCAUUAUAUGAGCAUGCCUUUGAUCCAGCAUGUAGGAAACAGUACACAAAUUUAAAUAGAUGGUUCCUUACUAUUUUAAAUCAACCACAAGUAACGUCAAUUAUAAAAGACUUUAAGCUGUGUGAAAAAACUGUGAAAUUCUAAAACAUUAUAUACCCCUUAAAUAAAUGGCUUUUGUAAUUGUUUUUAUUAAUUAAUAUUAUUAUAAAUAUACAGUAUAAUCAAUUAGAAUCGUCUUUGUAUUACAAGACA